GCGUAGCCUGACCACGCCCCUUCUGUGUGAAUGUUUGUCAUGGUUGCGCACAGCGUGAGUGAAACUACACGUGUGCUGUAAUAGCAUCUUUUUUUCUUCAGGUGAAUAAACAUAACUUUAAUUUUUUUUGGUCACAUAUGAUGUUCGUUUUUGUAACUCCAAUUAUGACCUCACAGUGUUAUCUUUGGUAAUAUCACGUUAUGUGCGUAUCACCUUAAGAACUAGCCUCUAAGAGAGUCACCUCUAGUCAUUAGUUAUUUUCUAACUUAACGUUCAUGUAUAUAUAAGAUUCAGCAUUAUUUAUAUGACAUGUAAAAUCUACAGACAUUGAAUUUAUUGUCUUUAAAAAGUUCACAUCGAUGUGGGCUAAAUUAUUUCUGGACCAUCUGAAUCAUCUCACGUGGAGUCACAGAUCAUUAGUCACAAUGCAACUGAAGACUAAAGAGUUUGAGUCCUUAUUUACCGACGGGCUGCUUGCUCUGGCUGAAAUGUUUGAAAAGAACCAGUUUGAGCUGAGGAUUGCAGGAGGGGCAGUGCGAGACCUUCUGUCAGGGAAACAGCCUGAAGAUGUGGAUUUUGCCACCACAGCCACUCCAGAGCAAAUGAAGAGCAUGUUCCAGGCAGCAGGAGUCAGGAUGAUUAACAACAAAGGAGAGAAACAUGGGACCAUUACGGCCAGGCUUCAUGAUGAGAACUUUGAAGUGACCACUUGGCGAGUAGAUGUGCAGUUUGAUGUUCGGGUGGAGUUGGUGUAGUUCUUUACUGACUGGCAGAAGGAUGCAGAGCGCAGAGAUCUCACCAUCAACUCCAUGUUUCUUGGGCUAGAUGGAACUCUCUAUGAUUAUUUCCGAGGGUAUGAGGACCUCAAGAACAGGAAAGUAAGGUUUGUCGGCAGCGCCUCACUACGGAUCCAAGAGGACUACCUUCGAAUUCUGAGAUAUUUCAGAUUUUAUGGCCGGGUGGCAACUGAGCCUGGGCAACAUGAACCCGAGACUCUGGAGGCAAUAAGAGAGAAUGCCAGAGGACUGGCAGGAAUCUCAGGUGAGAGGAUCUGGGUGGAGCUGAAGAAGAUGCUGGUUGGAGACCAUGCUGAUCACCUGCUGGAGCUUGUCUAUGAGUUGGGCCUUGCCCAGUAUACCGGUCUUCCAGCAGAUGGCAGUGUUGACGAGAUGAAGAAGAUCUGGCAGAAGUCUCAUGACUGCUCUCCUAAACCCAUGACUAUCCUGGCUGCUCUGUUCCGAAGACAGGAUGAUGUGGAGAAACUGGAUCUGCGACUGAAACUAUCCAGAGAGGAGAAAAACUUGGGCCUCUUCCUGGUCAAAUACAGACGAGAUCUCGUUAAGGGACAGGACGAACAUGACAGCAUGAAACCAUACACAGAUUUCAUCAUUGAUUCUAGAGAGCCGGAAUCCCAGAGUAAAGUCCUGGAGCUGCUGAAGUAUCAGGGAGAAAAGAAGCUCUUAGAUGAACUGAGCAGGUGGUCCAUCCCGCGCUUCCCAGUGAGUGGGCAUGACCUUCGCAAACUGGGUUUUACCUCAGGUAAAGAGAUCGGCACCAUCCUUCAGGAGCUAAGGGACAUGUGGAAGAAGAGCCACUAUCAGAUGAGCAAAGAGGAACUCCUGGCCACCCUCAGCACAUCCUGAUGCCAGAUAAGGAAACAUACUAGUGUCAAAAGUGCUUAUGUCUCUGCAUUAUGAGUCUGUGUACAGAAGGUGCACCUCCAUCGUGUCAGUGGGUAGUGUGAGAAGGAACCAUCAGGGCAGUGGUAUAAAUCAUUUGGUCCUAUGCAUUUGCAGAUACAGUGCAACCAAAGGUUUAGAUAUAUCUGUGGUUGCUGUCUUGGGAUUUUGUAUUGCCUGUGGUUUAUUUAGAUGGUUUUCAGGGUGCAGAAAAUGUCUUGGAGCAUCAAAGUGCACAUUUUCAUAUAUAGAAUGCUUGAU